AAUACUGAGAAGAGAGGUGGUUCCUGCAAGAGUCCCAGCGCGCGGCGGCGGCGGCGGCGGUAGCGGCAGCGGCAGCAGCAGCGGCGGCGCGGAGAGCUCGGACUGGGAGCCCGAAGCUCGGCUGGGCAGCGGGAGAGGAGGAGCCACAGGAACUGCAGCUCUGCCAGCUUGGCCGAGCCCAGAGACACCGGCCUGGCUGGUCCACGCCAGCCGCAGACCGUGGCUGAGCAUGGAGCUGUCCCCCCGCAGUCCUCCGGAGAUGCUGGAGGAGUCGGAUUGCCCGUCACCCCUGGAGCUGAAGUCGGCCCCCAGCAAGAAGAUGUGGAUUAAGCUUCGGUCUCUGCUGCGCUACAUGGUGAAGCAGUUGGAAAACGGGGAGGUAAACAUCGAGGAGCUGAAGAAAAACCUGGAGUACACCGCUUCUCUGCUGGAGGCUGUCUACAUAGAUGAGACACGGCAAAUCCUGGACACGGAGGACGAGCUGCAGGAGCUGCGGUCAGAUGCUGUGCCUUCGGAGGUGCGGGACUGGCUGGCCUCCACCUUCACCCAGCAGGCCCGGGCCAAAGGCCGCCGAGCAGAGGAGAAGCCCAAGUUUCGAAGCAUUGUGCAUGCUGUGCAGGCUGGGAUCUUCGUGGAACGGAUGUUCCGGAGAACAUACACCUCUGUGGGCCCCACUUAUUCUACUGCUGUCCUCAACUGUCUCAAGAACCUGGAUCUCUGGUGCUUUGAUGUCUUUUCCUUGAACCGGGCAGCAGAUGACCAUGCCCUGAGGACCAUUGUUUUUGAGUUGCUGACUCGGCAUAACCUCAUCAGUCGCUUCAAGAUUCCCACUGUGUUUUUGAUGAGUUUCCUGGAUGCCUUGGAGACAGGCUAUGGGAAGUACAAGAAUCCUUACCACAAUCAGAUCCACGCAGCUGAUGUUACCCAGACAGUCCAUUGCUUCCUGCUCCGCACAGGGAUGGUGCACUGCCUGUCGGAGAUUGAGGUCCUGGCCAUCAUCUUUGCUGCAGCCAUUCAUGAUUAUGAGCACACGGGCACUACCAACAGCUUCCACAUCCAGACCAAGUCAGAAUGUGCCAUCCUGUACAAUGAUCGUUCAGUGCUGGAGAAUCACCACAUCAGCUCUGUUUUCCGACUGAUGCAGGAUGAUGAGUUGAACAUUUUCAUCAACCUCACCAAGGAUGAGUUUGUAGAGCUCCGAGCCCUGGUCAUUGAGAUGGUGUUGGCCACGGACAUGUCCUGCCAUUUCCAGCAAGUGAAGACCAUGAAGACCGCCUUGCAGCAGCUGGAGAGGAUUGACAAGCCCAAGGCCCUGUCUCUACUGCUCCAUGCUGCUGACAUCAGCCACCCAACCAAGCAGUGGUUGGUCCACAGCCGCUGGACCAAGGCCCUCAUGGAGGAAUUCUUCCGCCAGGGCGACAAGGAAGCAGAGUUGGGCCUGCCCUUUUCUCCACUCUGUGACCGCACUUCCACCCUGGUGGCACAGUCUCAGAUAGGGUUCAUCGACUUCAUUGUGGAGCCCACGUUCUCUGUGCUGACUGAUGUGGCAGAGAAGAGUGUUCAGCCCCUGUCGGACGAAGACUCCAAGUCUAAAAACCAGCCCAGCUUUCAGUGGCGCCAGCCCUCUCUCGAUGUGGAAGUGGGAGACCCCAACCCUGACGUGGUCAGUUUUCGUUCUACCUGGCUCAAGCGCAUUCAGGAGAACAAGCAGAAAUGGAAGGAACGGGCAGCGAGUGGCAUCACCAACCAGAUGUCCAUUGACGAGCUGUCCCCCUGUGAAGAAGAGGCCCCGCCCUCCCCUGUGGAAGAUGAACAUAACCAGAAUGGGAAUCUGGAUUAGCCCUGGGGCUGGCCCAGGUCUUCACUGAGUCCAAAGUGUUUGAUGUCAUCAGCACCAUCCAUUAGGACUGGCUCCCCCAUCUGCUCCAAGGGAGCGUGGUCAUGGAAGAAACAACCCACCCGAAGGCCAAAUGCCAGAGAUUUGGGGUUGGGGAAAGGGCUUCUCCCCACCUGACACCCACUGGGGCACACUUUCAUGUCCCGGCAGCAAGGCUGGGGAACUUCAGGCUCCCAAUGGUCACUGUGCCCAUCCCUCAGCCUCUGGAUUCUCUUCAUCGCGAAGUGGCUGCCUGGGAGCGGGGAGCUUCCUGGAGGCUUCCCAGGGCCUUGGGGGAGGGUCAGAGAUGCCAGCCCCCUGCUCCCUCCCCCAUCCUUUUUGCCUCCAAGUUUCUAAGCAAUACAUUUUGGGGGUUCCCUCAGCCCCCCACCCCAGAUCUUAGCUGGCAGGUCUGGGUCCCCCUUUUCCUCCCCUGGGAAGGGCUGGAAUAGAAUAGAAAGCUGGGGGUUUUCAGAGCCCUGUGUGUGGGGGGAGGGGAGUGGGUUCCUUCAGGGCAUGGUACCUUUCUAGGACCGGGGAAUGGGGUGGGUAGGACAUCCUCUUCACCCCACAACUGCACUGCUUCAGCCCAUCUCCAGCCUGAUCCUCUGCAAUCUUCCUUCUCUUCCAUUCUGAUUCAGUGACGGGGAAAAAGGAGCCAUUGUGACCAGGGGCUGCGGGAGCCCUUUCCUGGGACCUUCCUUGGGACUGGUCUGGGCCCCAGGGCUUGCCACCUGCCCUGGCUGAGUCCCGAGCCCUUUGCCUCCGCUCUGUCCCGUAGGGCUGGGAGGCUCCCAUCCGACCAAUGUCUGUAAAGUGCUUUGAGAUCUCCCCAGCAAAGCACCUUCAGGGUGUAUCUUACGAGCACAGGCAGGAGACGCCAGCUGGGUUAGGGUCAAGGGUACCUGGGGAGGGUGAGGUAAUCCAGUAACCUGUGUUACUAAAAGAGAGGGUCUGUCCUUUCCUUGCCACCUCUCAGAACUGGUCCAGCUGCAGGCCCUAAGAAGCUCCUCCUCUGGGACAAGUGGUGGGUAGUGGGUGAAAGGCAGAUGGAGGAGGGCUCAGGGCUGCUGCUCUCCUGUCCUCCGGAGAGAACCCAGCCAGGCGCGGAGCCCCUUCCUCUCCUCAGGCUCCUCCUUGCUCCCACCUCACCCCAGGAAAGGCCAAAGUCCAGGUGACUGCCCUCUUUCUUUCUUGUAAAUACCAACCAUGCAUUUGUACAGUGGGCCCUGUUCAUGCGAAAUCCGUAUCCAUGGUCUCCUAGACCUGCUACCCCAAUACUUCCACCCCACCCCACCCCGAGUAGGGCAGAGACGCAUGUGACUCACCCCUGCCCUUGGUCUCCCAGACCCCUGCUGUAGCCAGAGAACAAUAAAGAAGGGAGACCAUGCC